AUGGAAGUGUUGCACAUGAUCUUUGGGGACGAGGCCGUUCCGGAACCGAUAGACAUUUACUAUGCGAGGUGGACGCAGAAGCCUUGGUCGUACGGCUCGUACUCGAAUUGGCCACCCGCAGUAUCUGCCCAGACGCAUCAGAAUCUCCGAGCGAAUGUUGGACGGGUUUUGUUUGCUGGAGAGGCUACAAGCCCAAACUUCUCGGGCUUUCUGCAUGGUGCGUACUAUGAAGGAAAGCGUGCGGCGAAGUCCAUUACUUCGUGUCUCUACGGUCCGGGAUGGAAUGACUGUGAUCCUGAUAGAGGAAGGGAUGGGGCUACUUUAUUUCUUGAGUUCGCCUAA